AUGGCUACAGGCGACGAGAGCAACACUCCUCAGGACGCCGCUGCCGGCGUUGGCUCUGAUCCUGCUCCUGAUGCUGAUGCUGCCAUUGCUGCUGCUACAACCACCGCUCCUGGUGCUACUACCACCUCUGGCCCUGGCACUGGCAUUGGCUCUGGCUCUGGCUCUGGCUCUGAUAUCGCCACGCCUGGUAGUGCUGGUGGUGUUUCUGCAGCUGUUAAUAUGACCGCUCCGGCAAGCUCCAGUGCCGUUCAGAAUCCUCCCGUACAGUCGACAUCUCCUUCUUCUCAACCACCGUCAAUACCGGCAGAAUCAACGACCUCGAUCAAGAUCACGACUUCCCCUGCUCCGACAGUAGGGCUUUCGACUACAGCAUCAGCAGCAGACGACCCGGAACCACUAACUGCCAGCCCUCAACCUGCAACCAAAAAAUCUCCUUCCCCGUCGUCCGAGUCGCCCGCUACUGUCGCCGCCGCUGUUUCUGCUCCUGCUUCGCAGCCUCAGCAGAACGGCGACAGCAAGGCGUCCGAGUCUGACUCCGAGAUGGCUAGUUACAGACAGGUUCUUACAGCCCACCAUGGACUCCCUGUGGGCUACUCUACUACCACGGCCACGAUACCGUCUUCACAUAUGGCUGCCUCGAGUCCUCCGGCCACCUCAGCCUACACCUCUUCGCCUGGCAUCUCAACGACCCAAUAUUCAUCAUACCCAACAAGUAACAUGAUGUCACAUCCGACAGAGGCCUACAGAGUCAGCCCCGUUCCGACCGGCAACUCAAUGUCUCUGCCAAGCAUGCGAACGAUCGAUUCUAUAGCCCAGCAAAGAGUCAGCCAACCACAAAUACCACACCACACAAUGUCAAUGAGCAUGAACACUCCUCUGGCUUCGGUAUCCAGUAACGCGCAGUUCUACCCUCCACACCAUACCAUGUCUGUACCCUCAAACUAUGGUCUACCUUCCGAUUCCUUGGCUCGAUACCCCCUUCCUCAUGAUCCCCGGAUACUGGGUAGCAGAGGCCCAAAGAAGUGUGAUGAGACGCACCCCACCUGCAACAACUGCAAAAAGUCGAAACGAGAGUGCUUAGGCUACGAUCCUAUCUUCCGACAGCAACCAGGAGCUCAAGCCAACUCCCAUAUUCAACCAGCUCCAACAGGUCAACUGGCGGUGCCAUCCUCUGCUCCUUCGUCUGUCUCAGGACAUCCCAAUGCUGCUCUAGGACACGUGCCCCCUCAGACAAACUCUUACGGCAGCCAACCGUCGAUGCUUCCAAGCUCUUACUCAACUACACCUCCACCAUCGUCCCUUCCUCCGUCGUCUACCGCACACUCCAACUCAUCCAAUUACAAUUCUCCUGUUACAGCAGGCGGAACAACACCUAUUAAGCAAGAGUCUGCCUUUGAUUUUUCGGCUUCGAUUGAUCCAACUACUAGACACUUACCACCCCCUACGAGCGCUGACGUGAAGCCAUACGAUUUCAAGCCGUCACUCGUUGCCGACACAAACCAUCACACUGGCCCCAAAAAUAUGAAGAUCAACGAGAUCAUUGAUUUACUUGGGCCACCACCUCCGGCUCAGCCCAUAAGCCACACAGAGGACACCUUCAACGAGAUCACCAAAGUCUACCAUGAAAUGUAUGCCAGUGGGUUGAGUGCUUUUCUUGAGACGUCAUGGUAUUAUUUCGUGGAAAAUGGCAAAAUGUCGUUUCCCAGGGACGCCAACCUCAUUGAGCACAUGGCUACCUUUCUAAAGAUUUUGGAGGCAGUCAGGGCCAAUGAUCAUUCUCAAAUGGCCUAUUCAGGGGUGCUGGAGACGAGGAUUGUGUGGGAGCUGGCGUGCACCGCGUACAACACACCGGAUCGAACGAAUCAGGCAAUGCGCACCGCCAUGCCCCUUGAGGGAGACUCGGCGGAGGCUAGGAAUCGCUUGCGUGUGGUUGAGGCCUUGCUUUGUGGUGAAUACCUGCUCACAAAUCCUUUAGCCCCUCCCCUGCAGGACCCAGAACCCCAUCGCACUCGCCAAUUCGACUUUUGGUAUAGCUUGGCCGAGUUCGUUCGAAAGCGUGACCUGCCGGAUUCGCCACAGUCUGUCAAAACUAGGGAGGAUGCACUGAGCAGGAUGCGGCACUUGCUGGAUGGUCGCGAGAACCGCGAUGUUCUCUAUUCCAUUGCUGUGGUACGCGAGCUUGCGCCAUAUUAUGGCCCCAGCUAUGGAAACACACCACAGCACGCUGAUGAGAGUGAUCCAAAGAAUCGCCUUGCAGUUGCGUCCAAAUUCAUUCUGGACGAGGCUCAAGUAACCGGUGGUACAACCAACGUGGUGCGUCGAUUCAGUGACAUUGCGUCCCGAGCCUUUGUCAACCCCGGUGUCAAUGUGGCGCGGAGAACCGGCUAA